ACUAAGAUUUCAUUACAUAGGCGAUUUGUACCUCUCGUUUGUUGGCCGACACUUCGGCAGUCGCCCAAGUCUUUUUGGUCUUAAACCAUAUCCGCAAAGGUGAUCGUGUUCUAUAAGUAAAGUAAGCCGGUUAUAAGUACAGUAAACCGAUUUGCCUCGACUUCCACGCACUGCCCCGCAUCCGUAUACUGUCAAUCUCUUUGCUGCUACCGAAGUCGUCGGUAGCACAGCGUGGAACGAACGCUGUAAACGUGGUCCGCCGCGACUUGGGCGGCGCGAAAUGACGGAAGUUGGGGAGGGGAACGGCGCACGCCACCUGUUUUUUUAUUAUUAUUAUUAAACGUUUGUGUUUUUUUCUCUUCCUUAUGCACGGCUCCCGCCGAGCGCUUUUGAAAGCGGCGGUGGCGGCGCGCGAGCCGACCGCCGCACGUGGUGUUUACCCCAGUGACACGCGUGCUUGUGUCGGGAACAAUGUAAUGAACACUUCUCUCUCUCUCUUUUUCCCUCCCCUUUCUCUCCCUUGUACCCCACUGCAGGUAUCUCCAGUCUGGAAGGAAGGAAGGAAGGAGCUGGUCUUUCGGAGCUGACGGGGGGCGAAGUGCUGCGGCAAUCCUCGCCGUUGCUGCUGCUGGCACCCUGAAGGAGCAGAGGAGUCCACGAGCCUCUGGACGACGCUCGAAACUUCGCAGCUGCUUCCGUCCGGCAGAGCUCGUGCCACCGAGUAACGACCUCGGCCCACGGACACGAGCCCGCUUUUGAAGACCGGCGUCGAAACGGCCACGACUGCGCGCGAUGGUGGCGAGCUGAGACUUGUGCGGCUGUUGCGACGGGUGUGCGUCGCGUGAGAAACGAGCAAACAGUGCGUGCCCUGUUUUUAGUGUUGUGUGUUCUGAGGAGCCGAGAAAGAGAGCCAUGAGGUUGUGCAUCGCGGCCGGAACUGUGGUCCUGGUGGCCUGCCUGUUCUUCGACGCGGCGCCGCCGCCGUUCCUUGCCUGGGCCUCCCGCGUCGAACUCAAGGAGAACGGCUACACGGGAAUCGUGGUGGCUCUGUCGGCCAGGCUUCAAGGGAACGUCGCCGGCCGCCAACUCAUCCCGCCGCUUGAGGCCCUUCUCCGGAACGCGUCCAUCAGCCUGUUCCAGUCGACGCGGAACCGGGCCUUCCUGGAGGAAGUGAUCGUGCUCGUGCCGAAGUCGUGGGGUCCCAAGGAGACGUGGGCGCGAGCCCCAACGCCCGUGGUGACCCGCGCGGGCUGGCAGCUGCACCGGGACGCCGACCUGCGGCUCGAGCCCCAGGGCGGGCCCUUCGGCGACAACCCGUUCACGGUGCAGCACGCCGGUUGCGGGCAGGGCGCCAAGCGACUCGCCAUCAGUGCGGGCUUCCUGGCGCUGCUCGAAGAAGGUGGUCCCGCGGCCAGCAAGUACGGACCUCCCGACCGGGUGUUCGUGCGGGAGUGGGCUCACUACCGGUAUGGCGUGUUCACCGAAACCGGCUACCCGGGUGACCCCCUGUACCCCGCCUACCGGGCGCGCUCCGGGAGCCACGACCCAGCCGACGUGGCGCUUACAACCUGCACCAACCAACCGCUCGAACUGGACUGGAGGACGACAUCGGGCCAGAGCUGCAUUCCACGCGUGGACCCCCUGACUGGACGGCCCAGGGAGGACGACUGCCACGCUCUGCCCAACCGGACCCAGGAGAACGUCUUCUCCUCCAUCAUGGCGCUUCAGUCUUUGCCAAACGUGAACCAGUUCUGCGACGAAGACGAGCACCUGCACAAUGACCGGGCGCCGACCAAGCAGAACGCCCUGUGCGACUACCGAAGCACCUGGGACGUCAUCGCCAACCACCGGGACUUCUACCGCAGGAACCAGGCUGGGGAACGACUCCUGGGCAGGACGCGGUUCCACUACGUCCAGGAGGCGCCUCUGCGCGUGGUCAUGGUCGUGCAGGUCACCGCCGCCAGCGGAAUCAGGGACCGGCGGGCAUUCGUGAUCCGCGCGCUGGACAAGUUUGCCCGCGUGGACGCUCCCGAGGACAGCCGGCUGGGCCUGGUGGCCUUCGGCCAGGUCGAGCCGUCUGUCCGGUUUCCCCUGACCACCAUGAACAGCUCCAACACGCGCGCCAAACUGGUGCAGAGACUGCCGGCGCCAAACUCCAAGUUCAACUCGUCGCUCGAGGAUGGACUAUCCAAGGCGUUGCAGAUGCUGAGCGAGGACCGCGAGUUCCCUUACCCGAGCUCCAACGGUUCUGCCGCCGCCGGCGGAGUGAUCCUGUUGCUUAGCAACGGAGACAUGGAGGCUGACGUCGCAGAACGUUUCCAGGAGUCGCUGAGGUCGUCCCAGGUUCGCCUGCAGAGCCUGGUGUACCCCAGUUCGGCGACUCCGAGCGCGCACCUGGACUCCCUGGUUGAGAACACGGGCGGGCGCACUUGGCACGUGCACGAGUCAACCGUGGGCGACGAGCAGCGCGGCAGCGUAGCCACCCAGGCCGAACUGUACGAGGCAUUCUACUCCCUGCUGCUGCGCGGCUACUCCUGGGACGAGACCGACAACUACGUCAUGAUCGACAAGCGGGAGUUCGGCGAAGCCGAGCAGGCAGCCGGUCCGCUGCUGCUGAACUUCGACAUCGACCACAGCCUGGCCCGCCAGCUCCUCGUCGUGGUCGUUGGCUACGACUUCGGCAAGACCUCGCUGCCUUCCAUCCCCCAGGAGGGACUGGAGCUGAUCGCGCCCCCGGGUUCGCCGCAGGCCAGCUACCGGUACAACGACAACGCCUUCAACUUCGACUACGAGUUCUGGAGCUACACCUUCACGAUCAGUGACCCACCGGUUGGCAUGUGGGAGCUCCGGGCCGAGCCGACCACGAAGACGGACCAGCCGGUCAUAGGUCUGGUGUACGCCAGGCCGGCCGCCAAGGAGACGCCCAUCCUGCUCGACGUGUGGAUCAGCGGACACUCGUCGGCGGUGAAUGGUUCCGACAGAUUCAUCGUUUACGCCGAGCUGAAGAAGGGAUCUCACCCGGUGGCCAAGGCCAUGGUGACCGCCCUGAUCCGCCACCCGGACACGGACAGCAUUACUCGGCUGCAUCUCAUCGACAACGGAGCCGGAGAUCCGGACAUCACGCAGAACGACGGCGUGUACAGCCGCUACUUCACCGACUUCACGAGCACCGGCCGCUACGACCUCACCGUGGUGGCCAACGACAACGACGUCUCGGCUGUCGUCGUCGGUGCCUCCAACGCCGAGUUUGAGAGCAGGUUCCCCGAAGGCGCAGAAUACCCAUCGUGUUGCGGCAGCCGCGUAUCGGACAGCUACUCCCAGAAGACGAGCCGCUUCACGCGCAUCAACCACUACGGCUCGUUCUUCGUGACGGUGCCCAAACCGGACCGAGACGUGCUGCCCCCCAGCCGAAUCACCGACCUCCGCGUGGUGGCCACCGAUAACCGCAGGAUGGCCGUGACGUUCAACUGGACAGCGCCGGGCGAUGACUUCGACGAGGGACAAGCGAGUCGCUACGAGCUGAAGAGCUUCAAGGACAGGCUGAACGCUCAGCGCCGCUUCGCGAGUCACGGUCAGCUGGUUGGCCAGUGGGACGUUGACGGACCCUACUACGAGCCACCCAAGCCGUUCGGGACCACGCAGACGGCCACCGUGCGGCUCAAAAACGGCCAGCCGACGUCGACGCCGCUCUACUUCGCCAUCCGCGCCGUGGACGACCAAGGGAACGCGGGUCCCGUCUCCAACGUGGUCGAGGUGGUCAUCAUCCCGCCACCGACCACCACGUCCACCUCCACGCAGCCCUCGUCCUCCUGGGGCAGCGGCGCCGGCACCGCUGGAGGAGCCGGAGCCCACGGCCAACCCAGCGGCUCGCGUAGCACCAGGGACAAACUCAACGCCGCCCAACUGGCGCUCAUCAUUGCCGUUCCGCUGGCCGUGCUGCUCGUCGGCAUCAUCGUCAUCAUCCUGCUAAUGGCCCGGCGGCGCAAGGCGCCGCCUCCCAAAAAGUCUACCGACAACGGCAGCGCGCCCCAGCCUCCUCCGCUGCCGGCCAAGAUCGCGCGCGACGACCUCACCACGACGACGGUGCCGCCUCAGCAGACGACGCCCAUCAUGGACGACGACGUGAAGCAGACGACGCCCACGUCGGGCCGUCUGGACGCGACGGCCAUCAGCCCCGUCAACUCGUGGCCGGCCAGCGUGCUGCUGGACCACUACAACAAGGUGCAGCAGGCCAAGCAGAGGCACGAGCCGCCGCCCAUCAUGAUGGUCGAGGACGGAGUCUCGCUCAACUCGUCGACGCCGUCGCUCUACUCCAAGAGCGACUACGGAGGCGUGCCGGCCCCCACGAGACUGGCCAAGCAUCGUCCGGGACAAGACGGAGUCGCACCGCCGCUGCCGCCGCAAGUGCCCAGUUACAACGCGGUCUACACUUCGUCGCAGCACUCGCUCGACAAGACCGGAGGUGUGACGCGCAACAUCACCCAGGUCUAGUGUGCCACUUCUUCGCGUCGGACAUGGCUGCCAAGGCUCCUGACGUGAGCGAUUAGUGCGCUGACGUCGGAAGGAAGACGACGAGAAGGGCGUGACAGAGCAGCAGACUGGGGCCCUUCUUCGGAAGCGCUGCUAGCCGCACGCGUCGACUGCGCCGAGGGGGAUGAAUCUCAAGAUAGUUAUCACAAACGUGAGAGCGUGCGCAUGCCCUUCGUGGGAUACGUCUCGCGUACGUUUCACGAAGCUCUUAGCUCUCACGUCGUGCAGCUGCUGCGUACAUACAGCGAGCACCAUUCAUGAAUGGACUGCGAGCCAUCACGCAUGGCAACGUGCCCCAGUGCAUGCAAUCUGCGCUCCCAAGCCUCUUGCUGAGUGCCCCGCGAAAACAACUGUCUUUCUCCGAACUUUGUACGCUCUUCAUCACGAAGAAUGGACGUGAGAAGUGCGAUUUGGAGAGCCUUUCGUUCUUGUUUUUAUAUUUUUAUUUCAUUUCACCCCGCAACGGAUAGCAGUGCGAUUACAGUCUGCGCGUCUAUCACGCGCUUCCCUUUAUCCCGACCGCGUAAAAAAAAAAAGAAACCUGCGCUCUCUCGGGCAACCGAGAAAGAAAGCUUACUGCGAGACGGACGGUCAGUGUGAUAAUUUUUGUUUCGGUCGCCGUUGUUUUACUGCUGUUUGUUUUGUUUUACCGAAGUGUCUCUAGUGUGUGCAUGUCGUGCGUGCGUUUGGUUGUGCCUGGACCCGACGGAUGGACACGAUCAAAAAAAGGAAAGAACCGAAACGGUGCGUGAGCUUGCGCGCGCGUGUGUUUGUGCGUGUGUGUGCGUUCACGUAAAGUGGGGGAAUACAGUCCUAUUCCCGUGAAGGGGAGCGACCAGCGAUUUGGCCCGCCCGGCUCAGGAGCGGGGAUUCGGGCCAGAUUGGACUCCUUCUACACGAACCAAUCAGCGAUCUGCUUUUUGCGAACACCGGGUCAUUGUUUUAGGAAUUCGCUAGUCACACGUAGCCUUUGCUAACGCGGCUAGUCAAAUUAGAGCGUACCGUACGAGACAGAGACAGUUCUAUCUAGAGUCGCUUACACCCCCCAUAAGACGGUGUCCGAUUCCUGCCUCCUAUAAAACUACGUAUAGACCCACACCUACGUUGCGUGGCGUUCGAACUGAUUUAUCCUCCGUAUAUAGACUAACGCUCUUUGGUGCGCGGAAUCCCUCCCUUGCGCACUCUGAAAACCUUUUCCGCACGCUUCGAGACACGAAUGAAUUGCUCUAGUCAGCAGCCGCAGUAGCCGAGUUUGAUAAGCUUCGCACUGUCUUACGCUCCCGUUCGUGGUCACAGCUGGCAUUAACCGUUGUAGCGCAGUUAGCCUCACACCCAUUACGUGUUCUCUUUUUUUUGUUUAAUGGUCUUCGCUGCACGAUACAACUACUCACACUAGAUUUUACCGUUUCCUUUCAUACCUUUUUUUUUUCCUCUUUCUCUCUCACACAUCACCAGACGUCGAGAAGAGCGGUCGCACUGUGCCGUCCCAUUUUUUAAACCUCAUCGAGAAAUGACACAGGCGUUUAGAGGAGGCGUUUAGCGGAGUGUCGUAUACCAGUCUGUAGGAGUCUGUGAGAACGUCUGCCUGCACCGCUGUACAUUUGUAUACCACGCAGUGUGUUCCUUGCUUUCUACAGCCUUUCUUCUUUCCGUUUCCUUUUUUUUUUUUUCGGUGCACAGAAAACAAAGAAAUCGAGUCACCUCCUCCAACCAAACAAAACAAGCCUGCACACCAUACCCGUUCUCUAUCCACCGACUUGUACAUUUGUAUGUAAAAAAAGAGUUUCCCAGAAUCUCAGAUUCGUUCGAUCAUCAUUACGCCUUUCUUCCUUCUUCUUUUUUUUUUUUGACAUCAAAACUUAACGAGGCAGGAGUUUCCUUGUCUCGUCACAGUUUCUUCGAGUAUCAAUCGCACACUUUUUGAUGACUCACCGCCACAUCUCUUGCUUCACCUGAGAGAAAAAAAAAACAAGUGUUGUUCAUUCACUUCUGUUUCAUUUUCUGUGGACGAUACUCCGCAAGUCUUUCGGCCUUCACUCACACAAUGACGGCGCCGUAAGUUCGGCAAAUGAAACAGGCGUGCGCGCUUUCGUCCACGGGCAUCUCUUUCGCAAGUCGAACGAAUUUCCCAAGAGCCCCUCACCAAAGAGCAAUCACGCGAGAGCAUCAAGACAGGCAUAUACUGUAGCUUCUGCCUGGAACAACAUACAUACUCCACGCUGUCUUACUUUUUUUUUUUCAUUUUGUACAAAGUGUUGAUGAAAGCGCGAAAAGUUUUAUGACGCCCAUGUGUCUGGUGUGCAAUAUUUCGUGUCUCUGCAUUUCAUUGUUUUCGUUUUUCGUUCCGUAUUUUUUUUUUUUUCGUCAACGUGGUUGCCUUCUAGAACAACAUCGCCCGACGUUAUCCCGGGUUGUCUUGCCUGCUUACCGCGACGCCCGUGAAAAUCGUGGCAUUUUUUUAUUUAAAGAGUUGCUUCGUGCGAUCAUCGUUUUUAUUCUGUCUUUCUUUUGUUCGUGCAUGUGUGCGCAUGCGUGUGAGUGUGUGCAAUACGUUCUGCACUGCUCGCGAGCCUCUCAGGACCUUAAUCUCUGUGACGUCAUACAAAGAUGUAUAAAAGUAACGACGCGAGAGAAUAAUCCGACCUUCUGCUUGCAUAACCCAUACCAAAGAUGCAGCUCCCGUGAACAAAGUUCGGCGAAUGACUUGCAAAUUGCAAAUUGUUGAUGUAGCCUUCGAGAAGAACUUUCUUUCGUUCGUCAAAGGUUGCGCCAAUCCGGGCACGAACGUGAGAUUCCCGCAAACUUCACGCCUGCUCGCCCUUCAAAGCCAUUGGUUGGCUUCUUCGUGAGCGCUUUUUACAUGUCGAAAUGUCUGUAGAACCCCCCCCCCCCCCCCCCCGUGCACCUAAAAGCUGAUUUCGGUAAAAAGAAAAAGAAACAAACAAAUUCGAGAACACUUCAAAAAGUUAUGUCGGGUGAUGUGAUCAUAGUGGGCGAACGAUACGUACACCACCAUCUUUGGCUAGAAAUUGGAAUGUGCAUAAUUAAAUCCUGGUGUCGCCGUGAUGGAGCUAACAUCGGGGGGUCUUGGCUGCACAUAUUCAUCGAAUUAGUACAUAACAAUGAGCCAGCGGCUGAGUCUUAAGUCUAAAACGCCUCCCAGGCAUGUUCAUAACGAGAUGUUGCGUCAUCUAGAAAGGCCGAACGACUGCCCAUAUGUACAAAGCGGGACGUUGGCAACGCUUGGAGCCUGCGUUUGGCUCUGCGAAGCCUAAUUUGCAAUACGAGCGUUGACCUUUUUAAGUGGCGUGACGUCACGUGGUGUGCUGACUGGUAAAUUAUCUAGGCGACAUCGCGAAUUCUACUUCCCGCCGCGCCUGCCACAUUCCGAUGGGGGAAAGAAUGUAAAAACAAAACAAAAACGAUCACGUGCUGAGAACAGUCCGCCUCUUAAAGAACCCCGCACAGUCUAAAUUAAUCCAGAUUCCUCCACUAUGGCGUCUCUCGUAUUGACUGUGUUGCUUUGGGAUAUUACACCUCAAUUAUCAAUGAAUCAAAUUAUGCGUGAAGUGUCGAUUUGAAUCAUCCUUAUCAGUAAUAUGUUCUCAUCAAACGGGAUCGAAUCGGAGGACAGUAAGAACGCGCGUAAAACAAGGGGCGAGAAAAUAACGUCAAUACCUUUUGAGUGUGAGCGCUUUCGCUGAACUUCGUUCACAGGGAUUGUAUGCGCUAAUGCUAUCGCAUUAACAGAAGUGGCGUCUAUGUCGCAAGCUGCAUUGAUCGUAUACGUAAAGUCGUUGUGCAUGCAUUCACAUUAUGAAUCGGUGUCCAACCUUCCCAAGCUUUACACUUCGUGUAGUUCGUGGGUUGGAUUACGCAAAAGAUGGGCGAAACGAAAGUUGACACUCUGUGUACAUCAGCCAGUGCGUCAAUAAGACGGGAGUUCAAACGAGGAAGGCAAGCUAAAGCUGCUUGCUGCUGCCGCCGCGCCGCAGCGGCAGUUUUCACAGAAACACAGAGCUCGGGUGUCAGAACGAGGGUGAAAAGGCACGCUUUGUACAUAAAGCGAACUUGCAUGUCCCAAAUGUGUGUAUGUGUGUGCGUGUGAAAAGAGAGAAGAAGAAAAAAAGUUGCUGGGGCCGCGAGAAAAUUACGGCUACGGCGACUCGUUUUACGUACUUCACGCAUACAACAUCACGCGUGCACUGCUGUACACACACUUUUACAGAAAAAUAAUAAAAAAGAUAUGUUUAUUUAUGAUGAA